ACUUGUACACUUUACAGUGUAAUCCGCAAGUCAUUAGUCUUUGCGAAAAACAAAAUAUUAAGGUUUACAUAGAUGUAUAGCGAUAUCUAUCAUUUAAAUUGGGAGAAAACGUUUUUCGUACCGGAAAUUAGGUACUUUACAAAAUGUCUUUUACGUGAUUGGUUUAACGUUACAUGACACGGCUUGUGUAAAAACAUAAUAUCUCAAACUGUAUUAGCUAUGAUCUUUAACGUCUUUAUUAAAUGAGACUGAGCCCACAGCAUCCGUGUCUACAGCAUUACUGUAGACUAUAGAACAUUAGAAUGUGUUCAAUGUCUGCCGAAAUCAAGAAAGUAUUUUGUUGCUUUCAAGUAGUUUUCAAUACGUGGAAAGGUUUUCCAGAUAAUAUAAUAUGACUGGGGCGGACACUCCGAUGAAUUUGGCGCGGGUGGAACCAUAAAACGCAUGCAUAGAUGCAUCACAAGAUCUGUAGGAUUAAGCGCGUGCAUUCUAGUUCAAAUUGAGUUCUUUAGUUAUAGUGAGUGAUGCCUGGUAAUUAAAAUCACUAGGUUGGCACAAACGUAUGUAAAAGUGUCAUGUCCAGAGUCUUAACCGAGAAUUAGCAGUGUUGGAUAUAUUGAGUUAUUAGAUGUUGUCAUCUGCAGGCUAAAAUAAAAAGAAGUAGCGUUGUUUAUUGCAAACUCCUUAAUGUUUAAUACCCGUGAUUGUCAUUAUUAUGGAUGGUGUAGCACCUUAGAAUAGCCACUACACGUCCAUCAGCACACCUCAUGUACUCGGCCGCAGGGUGGAGUCUGCCUCAAGGUAAAAAGGCAGUGAGGUCAGAGGGGCGAUGGAAGACGACGUCACGGAGAAACGGUUCCGGUAUCUUUCCCCCCGCUUUACUUUUGUGUUUCAACUUUCAAUUAAACCAAAUGACAUCGAACCGAACCUUUUAAUUAAAAAUAUAUAUUCAACAACAAUUAACGGUGACGGUUGGCCCGCCUUGGGAAGAUUUUCUUUCGGCAGAGGGCUGACCUCAGCAAAUGGGAGUACGGACGUGGAUAAAGGCUGCCGCCCUACUGAGCGCCCUGACUCCCCUGGGUUCCAUGACGCGCAUCUUUGUGUACGGGACUCUGAAGAGAGGCCAGCCCAACCACUUUCGGAUGAUGGACGCGGCGAACGGGAAGGCGGAAUUCUGCGGCAGCGCGCAGACCGCGGAGGCGUUCCCGCUGGUGAUCGCCGGGAAGUACAACAUUCCCUUCCUGCUCAACGUUCCCGGCACCGGCCGCCGGGUCAGGGGGGAGGUGUACCGCGUGGACGCCAAGAUGCUGGCCUUCCUGGACGACUUCGAGAACUGCCCCAGCAUGUACCAGCGCACGGCGGUGAGGCUGGUGGCCGGGGACUGGACGGAGCCAGACGGACCGGCCCCCGGGACGGGCCUGGAGGCCUUCGUCUACAGCACCACCGCCUACCAGCCCGACAGCCUCAAACUCCCCAUGCUCGAGAACUACGACGCCUACGGCAGUCACGGCCUGGUCUACGCUCUGCGUGAGAGCCGGCAGUGAGGCGGCGAGACCCCCGCGCUCCGCACCCCGGUCCACAUUUCUCUUCUCCGAUUUCAUCUUAAUCCCGGCAGCUUAAUCCUUAUCGUCAGUCAGAUUAGUGCCGUGUUCCCCAGGAAGCGCACGUCGACCACCUCAGGGUGUUUCUCCGCUCCAGUCCUCGGGACCCACUUACCAGGUUUUUGUUGUAGCCGACGCACACUCACCGGAGGACGGGAUUGGAGAAACACUUUCACAGUGUACGCAGCAGGGCCCGGCGGCUCACGUUACUCAAUCCAAACCCAGCCCUGGUUUUCUCUUCUCUGGUGUAAUUAGUGCUGCUGAUUGGCCAGACUGUCUCCACACCUGACUCCCAGGUAAAGGGAGGGUGGAAAACCAGCAGACCUCUGCCCUGGAGGACCGUGAGGAGCUGAGCCCUGCUGCACAACGCUAACUCCUGAAUGGGGUACAUGGCUCAUUUUUCUGCAUUAGAUGCUUAGCAUGUUUUUCCAAUAGAACUUGUAAUUUGUAAUAAUGUAAUUGAUCAAAUGUAGACAGAAAUUAGAAGUAAAUGAAUAAAUAUAUAUAUUUAGUUUUGUGUUUAUUACACCUAUGCAAUGAAGUUAUCGUCUUAAUGAUUUCCUUAACAUUGACUGUAGUCCCAAGACAUUUCAGGUUAGGGACUGAGCUCAUUAGCUAACUCUGGCACAUUGAUGUGGAAAUUGAAAAUGUUGAUGAAUUUGCACUGUCCCUGAUAAAUAAAUGAAUAAAUAAGUA